CCGACCCGCGCUCCCGCCGCGCCCCCGCCGCCAGUCCGGGCAGAAUGAGGCGCGCGGCGCUCUGGCUGUGGCUCUGCGCGCUGGCGCUGCGCCUGCAGCCGGCCCUCCCGCAACUUGUGGCCACCAACGUGCCCCCUGAAGAUCAGGACGGCUCCGGGGACGACUCGGACAACUUCUCCGGCUCAGGUGCAGGUCCCCUGCAAGACCACACCCUGUCACGGCAGACGCCUGCCACCUGGAAGGACCUGUGGCUUCUGACGGCCACGUCCACCGCUCCAGAACCCACUGGCGCCGACACCACAGCCGCCUCCACCCCCAUCCUGCCGGCUGGGGAGGGGCCUGUGGAGGAAGGGGUCGUACCCCUGGCGGAGGCGGAGCCUGGCUCUGUAGCUGGGGAGAAGGAGACCACUGCCCAACCCAGGGAGACCACGCAGCUCCCCACCACGCAGCGCGCCUCGACCGCCAGAGCCACCACAGCCCAGGCGCCCGCCACCACCCAUCCCCACAGGGACGUGCAGCCCAGCCACCACGGGACCUCGGCUCCUGCAGCCCCGGGCCACGCUGACACUCACUCUCCCGGUGUGCAAGACCGGGGCCCCUCUGCCACUGACGCAGCUGCCGAGGACGGAGCCCCCAGUCAGCUGCCAGCCGGAGAGGGCUCUGGGGAGCCGGACUUCACUUUUGAGACAUCCGAAGAGAACACGGCCGUGGCUGCGGUGGAGCCUGACUCCCGGAAUCAGCCCCCAGGGGACCAGGGGGCCACGGGGGCCUCACAGGGCCUCCUGGACCGGAAGGAAGUGCUGGGAGGGGUCAUUGCCGGAGGCCUCGUGGGACUCAUCUUUGCCGUGUGCCUGGUGGGCUUCAUGCUGUACCGGAUGAAGAAGAAGGACGAAGGCAGCUACUCCCUGGAGGAGCCGAAGCAGGCCAAUGGCGGCGCCUACCAGAGGCCCACCAAGCAGGAGGAGUUCUACGCCUGAGGCCCGGCGGCUGUCCCCUCCCCCGCCGCCCACUAGGCCCCCUACUCGCCUCCUCGGGGAAGAACUGCAGGCCCUGGCCUCCCCGCCACCACGCCACCCACUCCCCAGCGCCGCCGCCGCCAACCUGCUCCCCUGAUGGCUGCCCAGUCGGGGGCACCGCGGGCUUCUCGGACGUGACCUUCUGCCCCAGCCAUGGCCUGGCCUCGCACCCCUGGGACUCGCCUUCUCCAGCCUGGAGCAGCCCCUCGCCAGGCCCAGCUCUGGAGAGAAAGGGGACUUUACUGUUUGGACCUGGGUAGCCCCGCCGUGGCUGGAAAACCCUGGGCUGGGGGCUUUGGGCGGAGCCUCCUACAGCACUUAGCGGGGUGGGGGAGGCGAGUUCAGGCUCCGUCAGAAUCCACAUGGUGUCGCGGGGAGGGCUAAGGUAGAUACCCACUCGUUUUUGCACAUGUUUGCUGUAGUCUCUGUCCGUAGCCCCGCUAGUCCCUGUUACUUCUGAGGUUAAGUUAAGAGCGUGGCCUUGGUAGCCCCCCACCUUGCUUCCCCAAUCUCAGGGUGAAGAAGCCUUUGUUUUUGUUUAUUUUUUAUUUUUUUUGAGAGCCAAAUCCGGAAGCCACACGUGGGCUUAGUUUA